CGAAGACGAUGUUCAAAAGCAGGCGGGGAGCGGCGGCGGCAGCAGCACAGCGCCGAGCACCGGCACCGGCACCGGGCCGUCGCCAUGCGCCUCCGCGUCGCCGCCGCCCUCUGCCUCUGCCUGCUGGGAGCCUGCCGCCUCCGCCGCGGGCUAGAGGCCGCCGCUGUGCGCGGACCGUCGGCGGCAGCUCCCCAGCGACCCCCGGCAGCCGCGCCUUCCUCCGCCUCCUCCUCCUCCUCCUCCACCGCCGCCUCCCCCUUCUCCUCCCUGCCGCGGAGGGACAGGGCUCUUCGCAACGGCACCGUGGUGCCGCACCACUACAUGGUGGCCCUCUACCAGCGUCUGGCCUCCCGCCGCGUCCCCGGCCGCCGCGCCGACACGGUGACGGGCUUCGCGGAGCGGACACGCAGCGAUGCCUUCCCAGCAACCCUCGAGCAGCGAUACCUCUUCGACAUCUCCAGCUUGCCCGACACAGAGGAGGUGACGGGUGCGGAGCUGCGGAUCCUGCGCGCCCUCCCCGUAAACCGGAGCUUGGCCCUGUCUCCCGAAGGCACGUUCCAUCACCUCCUCCUCUCCACCUGCCCGAGCCAAGACGGUGAGGAGCCCCGGCUGCUGGACUCCAGGGCUGCAGACGUUGUGGACCCGGGCUUCUCCAGAUGGGAGGUGUUUGAUGCCUGGGAAGCCCUGCGGGAUUGGAGGGAGAGGAGGUCUCUCUCGGGCAAGCUGCUGUGCUUCCUGCUGAGGAUCGUCUCGGAUCGGUCGGGGCGGCUCCUGCCCCCCCGGCAGCUGGGGUUCAGCAAGCCCCGGCCACAGCCUCACGAGAGAGCCCUGCUCGUGGCCUUCUCCCACACCCAGAGGAAGGAGAACCUCUUCAAGGAGAUCCGGGAUAAGAUUAAGGCCCUGGGCAGCCCGCUCUUCUUGGAGCCCCCCGAUCCCGGCCAGGAGGCGUUCCCGAAGCGGAGGAAGAGACGGACCACCAUCGCUGCCCGGACUGGGGGCAGAGGCCACGGGAAGAAGGCAAAGACCCGCUGCAGCAGGAAGCCCCUGCAUGUGAACUUCAAGGAACUGGGCUGGGACGACUGGAUAAUUGCCCCCCUGGAUUACGAGGCGUAUCACUGCGAGGGGGUCUGCGACUUCCCUCUGCGCUCCCACCUGGAGCCCACCAACCAUGCCAUCAUCCAGACCCUGAUGAACUCCAUGGAUCCGGAGUCCACCCCACCCAGCUGCUGCGUGCCCUCCAAGCUCAGCCCCAUCAGCAUCCUCUACAUAGACUCUGGGAACAAUGUGGUUUACAAACAGUACGAGGACAUGGUCGUGGAGACGUGUGGCUGCAGGUAGCAAUUUCUGCAGCUCUCCCCUUCCCCUCCCUGCCCAGCCCGGAGCAGUCCAGCAGCCUUACUCCAUUUUAUAUAUAUAAAUGCAAAUAUAUAUAUAUAUAUAAAAUAUAUAUAUACACACAUGCACACUUUGGUGUGUGCCUUUCCGAAAGCCAAGCUCAGAGCAGGUGUCCCCUGCCUUCAUGGGGCUGUCCUGUCCAUGAGCCUGGAAGAUAUGGGAGAUGCCUUCCCGCAGACAGCGAGGCUGUAGCUUGGUCUGCCCCAGGCCCUCCCAAAGACAGUGCGACUCCCACCACCCCUGCUGGGUUUCUCAGGGCUCAGCCAGAGGUGCUACGCUGUGGUGGGAGGCAGGGCUCCCGGCCUCUAGCUCCUGCCAUCUCUGUGCCUUGCCUUCUCCCACCAGGAAGGGAGCAGAGCCCCUGGGAAUGCCUUCUCAGCCUCCGAGCUCUGCCUGGUCCACUCCACUUGCUCAAGCUGAGCUGACACUUGAUUUCCCACAGGAUUUGGAAAACAUCUGGCUAAAAUUGUCUCAGUGUGAGGAAUAACCUGGGAGGGGAUGGAGUGGUGACUGCAGCAGAGGGGUCAGGCCAGCAUCACCCUCUGGCUGUGGAGGUGGGGUGGAAGUGAGUUUGAAACCUUUUGUCUGUGUUAAAGGAGUUUUUCUGGCUUCCUUCACAUCACGGCCCUCGGUUUGCAGGGGGAAAAACAAGGGAUUCCCGGGGGAAGGGGGGGGGUGGAGAGCGAGUGGCCAUGGUGGGAUUGAAGUCAUUUGGUCCAGACCUGUUUGCAGCUGGGAGAGAUUUCUUCUUCUGCUACUGGGGACAGGAAAGGAGGUCCCUGUAACUGGAGGUAAGCAAGAGUCGGGGUUGAAGUAGAGCUCGUGCUUUCAGCAGAGAUGGGAACUGCCCUGGAAGGUGUUACCUGGGGAUGCCCUGGUUCUGUGUAGUCUGCAGUGCUAGUCCUGCUGCUGAUGUCUUGCAGGAGGUAGCGGCUGACUGGUGCCAUCCCUUUCUGGCAAAAACCCACCUUUCCAAGGCGCAGCAGGAAAUCAGCACCAGCCUCAGGCCCACAAGUCGCACAGCUGUCCUCAGUGUGCUGGGAGAGAAGCAGAAGUCCGGAGUUCCCUGGGGAAGAGCCAUUUUGCCUGGUUUCUUUUUCCAAAUAAUCUCUAUAAAAGCACUAAGCUCCACCCCACCUUCUUUUGGCACCGAUUUCCCAGUGAGCUCCAUCCCUCCCUGGACUGCCUGCCUCUCGCUGUUCUAUUGAGGGACCUGGAUCCACCGGGAACAGACAUUUCCCAUGCAAAAAGCUGAACACCACCCUCAGAGACCACUGUGUAAAGUGGGGUGCUUUGACCCAUGCUGAAAGGGCUAUGGAAUUUUAGUAACUCAGGAGCUGAGUAUAAAUUAGGCCUUUAAAUCAGAGAAGCUUUGCAUUCAUGCCAGGUCAUGUUUGGGAUGCUGGGAAGUGUUUCUGCUGCACCCCAGUGGCUUUUGGUACUGAGCUUAGGCUUCAUGGCUAGGUUGGCUUAGACUAGAGAUGCACUUGCACAGAUUUUGCUUCUGAUAGUUUGUUUUUUACUGGUGGUCAAGGUGUUGGCACAUAAACAUCAAUGAUUAUUAGUGACAAUAAUAAUGUGCUUUUGGGUGACAUAAAUCCUGCUGGAAAACAUAAGUGUUUUUUUUUCUAUAUAAAGCCUGUUUUCCUCCAUGGCAGGGGUGUUCUGCUAGGGAGGAAUAAGCCUAAACAGGGCAAUGAGGGGAUCACCUCAAAAAGCUCUACCAAGAUCCAAAUUAUUCCAAAGAUCAGGAAAGCCCCAGUGAGGGUCCAACACCUCUGUCUCCCCAGGAAAACAGUACAUCAGCAGGGAGAACACUGUUUGCAUCAAUAACAGUGACACAACCCUCACAGCCUCCCUCCAUCCUCACCCCAAGGAGGUCUGCUCUGCAUCCACAGGCUGUGGCUGGUGGUAAGCCAGAGGAGCAAGUGUAGCACCUGUAAGUCUCGUGUGAACUUCCUUGGAGCAGCUCUGGCUGUACAUCCAUGUAUCUGAGAGGAAAAUCUGGCUCCACACCUCAGUGUGAA